AAACGGCGCGGCCGCUCCUUGCCCGUCCGGCCAUGGCAGCGCGGCUCCCCCCGCAGCUCCCCUCCAGCCGCAGAUCCGAGCCGGGGUACCGAGAACAGAGAAGACAAAAAGUUGAAGAAUAUCUAUCAAGAAAAAAGACCUUUUCUGGCAUGCCCAUUCAUGAAAAUGAGACCUCAAUCAGUAGCAGAACUAGGAAAGCAGCUAGCAAUAAACUGCAAGAUAAAACAAAGCUGUCAGCAUCUCCAAAGCCAGAAAUGGAAGAUAAGGAGAAUGCCAAUGAGCUUUCAUGGGACCAAUCAAGCAGGACUUCAGAAGAAAACAUUAUUUUAAAAUCUUCUACAAUCACACUGGCAUCGGAGCCGAGCUAUAAUCCUGAAGAUCACACUUCAGUGAAUAAAGCCACUGAAAUAAAGUCUCAGUGUGUAUUACUCAGCAAGUCCUUGCAAGUAAAAACCAUAAAAGAGAAACAACUGAUGGCAGAAAAACACAAUUCAAAUGUCAGCCUACCAAGGAAACCAGUGCUUGGUACGUAUCGUGGCAGAGUCAUCCAAUCCAAGAUCAACUCCUUCCGAAAAGCACCGAAGAGUGAGGGGGAAAAGAGUUCUUUGUCAGACGAGAAGCUUCUUACUUCUGCCACCAAACCAGCAGUGAAAUCUUUGUCCAGAGGCAGCUGCAAUGUAGUUCUGAAGACUGCCAAAGUCACAAGUUAUCCUAAUUCUGUAAAACCUAAUUGUGUCCCGCCAUUACAGAGCAAACCAUCUGUCAAACCUGCUAUUAACUCCCAGCCCAGCCUAAAUAAACAGCCAUCAGCAUCUGCUAUAGUACCAAAAAAACUCCCAGCCCAAAAAAUGACUGGGAAGAGGGGAUCUCAGCAACCAAAGGCUGCUUCUAAGAAUUCUGACCAUGGACCUCUAGGAGUGAAGAAAUGUGAGGAUCGUUGCGAAGAUGGAAAACCAGAAGCUCCAGCAAAACAAUUUCCUGUUCCCAGUGGCAAGCUAGGACAGGAUUAUAAAGCUAACAGUAUCAAGAAAUCUCUCUUUCUGAAAGAAUCGGCAGAGGAGAGAAGAGUUCGCCUGGCUGAAUGGAGGGCUUCUAGAGGAAAAGUGAUGAAGAGGCCGCCUACAUCUGUGCUUCUGGGAACACAGCCUAAGAUUGAAGAACAAGAGCUCUCUUCUACUGGUGGUUCCUUAGAUAAUGAAUUAAAUAGUGAAGAAGUCAACAAGACUCUUACAGAAUGUCUGCAGUUAGCUGAGCAGGGUUGUCAAGGUAACAAAGCACGUGCCAUGUUGGAAGAACUGAUAAAGAGUAUUCCUGGGGCUAAAAAGCUUGCAAAAUAUUGGAUCUGCUGGAUGCGUCUUGAACAGAUGGGCCCUCCUGAACACCUUGUGGCCAGCUAUGAGGAGGCUAUUCUGGCAGGAGCAAUGCCUAGAGAUGAACUACGGCGUGUGCUAAUAGAUGCUAUCAGAAACACUGAAAAUUUGGUGAAGUCUGAGGAUGGGGGAGCUGUGAUAGAAACUCAUGUAAGUGGGGUGGUGGAAAUCAGCAAGGAACUCGAUUCAUCUGUUGAGCAGGUUCAUGAGACCUUCAAGGAUCUUAAUGUUGAUGAUCAGAAAGCAGAGAAUGAUGACAAGAAGGAAGAGACUGGCAAUGAAGAGGUCAAAAAAGAGGAUCAAGACCUAGUCUUUAAGCCAGAAGAAGAGAUCUUGCCAAAAAAGAAUAAAAAGCACAAAAAUAAAGAACGUACAAAAAAGAAAGGAAAAUGCGAAAGAAAAGAGCAGAGUGAAGAUAAGGUAAAAGACACAGCUCAAACAGUCAACUCUCCUGAGAAGGAUAAUGACACAGAUUCUUUAAUAAGCUAUAAUCCAUCUACCAACCCUUAUUUGGAAAGUGUGAAGAUGCACUAUGAAGGAAAUGAUUCUGAUGCUAAAGAACUGAAGAUUACAACCCCUUUGCGCUACUCUCUACGAAUUCGGGAGAAGAUGUACAAGUAUUCAGAUACUCCUAAAGAUUCUCAUGUCUCUUCGUCUGAACAGCUGCAGGAAUUGGAAUCAAAAGCAACUGCACUUAUCCAUAAACAGAAUGACAAACUGGAAGAAACAAGCACUGAAGUAGAAGAGUAAAAACAUUCAUUAACACUACAUGAAGGGGGGAGAAAUCGGAUCUUUACGAAAGCUUGGGUGUCUUAUGUUUUUAAUGUGUUUUUUUUUUAGCAGCCUUAGGAUAGGAACUAUCUAAACCUUGUGUGGAUAGCCUAGGAUGAAAUCUGAUUUUAGUAUGCUUUUUUAAACUUGUAUCUUCCCGUGUUUUCAAACUCUUGUGGUAAACCUAAUGGACUGUUUGGUACUUAACACUAUCAGUGUCUUCAUGUUAAAUCUGAUUGAUACUAUAUACUUCAAGAUUAAGCUUAACGCACUUCAUAUAACAGUUCAGUGAUUAUAUUGUUAAUAUUUGCUUGUUUUCCUGUUACAAUUCCUCUAAGUUCUUCAGAAUUGCAUAUUCUAAUUCUUUGCUGAAGGAUCAAAAGUAACUUAGGAGUUCCAAUAGAGAAAUAUCUACUACAGAAACUAGCUAGUGUGGUAUACUAGUUUUAAACUGCAGUAUCUGUUGUUUUUUUUUUUAAGGGGGUAUUUCAACAAAACUGAGUACAAUCCCUUUAGUUAGCUGACCAUGAAUAAUGUCGCUAACCUACCUUAUGUCGGUUUCCGUUAGUCUGUAAUAUGGUAGACUUAUUAAACAAAUCAGCUGACUUGUA